UUAUAAAUAAAAAAGCCUCCAGCCCCUUGAGAGCAAAGCCACUCAUCCCAUGUUUUAUCUUAUUUUUACUCGGAUGUCCUCAGAAAAGACAAUAUAUAAGUCACUUACGGAACAAUUACUUUAAAAACAAAACACGUUUGUAUUAAAUUGACUCACCUUGUUCCUGUGAGACUGAACCCAAGGGGACCUUUGGUGAGUCUGGCCGUCAUGAGUGCGCUCCUGCCGGCGUGGACGUGCCUGCUGCUCGGCCUCCUGCCCCUGGAGCUCCACACCCGGAGUCUGACCCACCAUACCCUCGGUGCCAGGGACAGGUCACCCAAAUCUUCUAAAUACACGACGCCUUCUUACGCCGCCGUGACACCCGCUACAUCACGUGUUGCCCCGGACGACCCCGUCCCUCUGACAAAGAGAGGCCACCUGUGGAGGGCCCUACUAAAAGCAGAGCCCCCGCCCAGGUUGUCCCAACUCUUGCUCCAUCAGGACGCGCCGUCAUCAGCCCGGGAGGGUAGUUCGCGAGGUCGUCGCCACGCCAACAGCGGGGGCCGGAGGGGGCAGCUGAUGAGGGUCGGCUGCGUCCUGGGGACCUGUCAGGUUCAGAACCUGAGCCACCGCCUCUACCAGCUGAUUGGACAGAGCGGGAGGGACGACUCCUCCCCCAUCAACCCUCGCAGCCCACACAGCUAUGGCUGACACUUCAACAUGAGAGGAUUCUAUUUAUUAGUACACUCUAGCACUCUUCAGUUUUAGCCUGACACUUUAAUGUUCCUAAUAAUAUAAUUUAACAUUAGUAAUGUACAUACUACAAACACAUUAAGUACAGCUGAACGUUAUAUUACAGAAAAACACUCGGACUUCCCGAUAGUAAACAAGUCCUGAAUCCAGAGAGUGAUCCAGACCAGCCCCAAAAUGUAAUGACUUGUUCCUUAUCCUGUUUCUGACAUUUUCUGAAAGUUUCAUCAAAAUGUGCCCAGAACUUUUGGAGUUAUUUAUAGCAGAAUGAAAGAAAUGUUGUCACUGUCUUUGUCUCUGUGGGUGGAGGCGAGCCCCUCGCAUACACACACAGAAAUAGAAACUUGCAAUGUUAAUGUAAAGUCAUUUAGUAGAAAUGAUCCGGAUCACCCCCCAAAAGUGAACUGCUUGUCCCUUAUUCCAUUUCUGACAUUCCCUUCAAACGUGCCCAUGACUUUUGGAGUUAUUUAUAGCAGAAUGAAAAAAAUCUUGUCUUUGUCUCUGUGGGUGGAGGUGGGGCCACACGCACACACACACACACACACACACACACACACACACACACACACACACACACACGCACACAAAUUGAUUUACGUGGACCCCGACUUUAACAAGUUGAAAAACUUAUUGGGGUGUUACCAUUUAGUGGUCAAUUGUACGGAAUAUGUACUGUACUGUGCAAUCUACUAAUAAAAGUCUCAAUCAAUCUAUCAAACCACACACACACACACGAGGGAAAGUCCAAACUGCUGCCCUGAAAUUGCCAAGCGCACCGUGACAUUGCACUUUAUGUGCUUGUUCCACAUGGUCCAAUUCAAACGAUAUCGAUAUAAUAAUGACAACACUGCAUUAAACUGAAAUCUAAGUAAGAUGAAAUAUCUCAAAUAAGGGUGAUAUUUGCUUAUUUUCUGUCUGAUAAAAUAAUUCUUCUCACUAAGCAGAUUUUAUGUUAGAGUGUUUUACUUGUUUUAAGGGUUUUGGUCCUAAAUGAUCUC